CGGGCCUUCCGCGGGCACCGCCCCGCGCCCGAGCCGCCGCUGUCCGCCACGGGCCCGCGCGGCGCCGGGAGCCCGCAGCCCUCAGCAUGUUCCCCCGGCCGCCGCCCCUCUCCUGCGACACCUUCGUGGCGCUGCCGCCCGCCGCGCCCGGGGGCCGCGUGGUGUUCGGGAAGAACUCGGACCGGCCGGCAGAUGAGGUGCAGGAGGUCGUGCACUUCCCAGCCGCCGCGCACCCGCCCGGCGCCGCGCUGGAGUGCACCUACAUCAGCAUCGAGCAGGUGGAGAGGACCCACGCCGUGGUCCUGAGCCGCCCCUCCUGGCUCUGGGGGGCCGAGAUGGGCGCCAACGAGCACGGCGUGUGCAUCGGCAACGAGGCCGUGUGGGGCAGGGAAGAGGUCUGCGACGGGGAAGCUCUCCUCGGCAUGGACCUCGUAAGGCUUGGACUUGAGAGAGCAGACACAGCUGAAAAGGCUCUUAAUGUCAUAGUUGAUUUGCUGGAAAAAUAUGGACAGGGAGGAAACUGUAUGGAGAGCAACAUGGCAUUUACAUACCACAACAGUUUUCUGAUAGCCGACAGAAAGGAAGCAUGGGUGCUGGAGACAUCAGGAAAAUACUGGGCAGCAGAAAAAGUAGAAGGAGGCGUACGGAAUAUUUCCAACCAGCUCUCUAUCACAACCAAGAUUGACAGACAACACCCAGAAUUGAAGGAGUAUGCCAAAAGCAAUGGCUGGUGGGAUGGGGAAAAGGAAUUUGAUUUUGCUGCCACAUAUUCUUAUGUCAAUACUGCCAGAAUGACCACAUCUGGAGGCCGAUAUUGUGAAGGCUAUAAACUUCUGAACAAACACAAAGGAUCUAUCACUUCUGAAAUAAUGAUGGAAAUUCUUCGUGACAAAGAGAGUGGCAUUAACAUGGAAGGUGGAUUUAUGACAACUGGCAGCAUGGUGUCUGUACUGCCUCAGCAGCCUAAUCUGCCCUGUAUUCACUUCUUUACUGGAACUCCAGAUCCUGCCAGAUCUGUAUUCAAGCCUUUUAUUUUUGUGCCCGGAAUCACUCAGUUAUUAAAAACUACGUCCCCUACAUUUGGUCAUGAUGAUCCAGUUAAGAAGCAACCACGUUUUCAGAGUAAGCCAGAUCGAAGACACGAGCUCUAUAAAAAACAUGAAAGUGCUGCUGUAGUUAUGGAAACUAUCAAGGGCAAAGGUAAAGAAAUGCUCAAAGAGAUACAGGAGUUGGAGAAACAGAAGAUAAGUCAAAUGGAAUCCAUCCUGCAAAAUGGACACCUUGAUACUAAACAAGUGGUUAAUCUUUUUUCAGAGUGUGUAGAAGAAGAACUCAAAAUAUAUGGCUAAGAAUAUUAUUUGAAUGUGGUAAAAUUUGGAUUAUAAUUGGGCUUUCUAAUGAAGAGGCUAUAUAGAUUAACAUCCUGUUUUCAGUAGAUCACAUAGCAUGGACAGUUUUAAAGAUGCAGAUUCAUAUUCAGGAUAAAUGGCUUUUGAUUAUAAGAAGAAUGCUGGAAAGGCUCCUCAGAGCCAGGCAGUGGCAUUGUACAUGGCACAAAGCUGUCAGCAGAGACUGAUUUUGCCAACAAAUAGAUGCAAUUGGAAUGCAAUGCUUGACUAAAUUAGUGAACAGCCCCUUCUCUGAAUGAGGAACACUAACUCAACUCUGGAGAACCCAGUUCUAGUGUACACACAUGUAGCUUUUAUAGUCAGGAGAACUGUAGCAGAAUUAAAACAGCCACGCUGAAGACUUUCUAAAAUGUAGAAGCUAUGAUGACACUGAAGCAAAAGAAACCAAUUAAGAUUGAUACUCAGUUGUUUGGUAAAACCAUUCUAAGAUACAUUUCAUAAAUGAACCUUCUUCUUCAAUGUAAAAUGAGGCUAAGAGUUCCAGGUAUAUUAAAACCAAAUCACAGUUAUAAUAAUAGUAUUUUGCUGUGAGUGAUUGUGAAAUCUUAUUACAUGGAAUUUAGCAGUACAAGCAUCCUGUAAGUUCCCCACAGAUUGCACUUUCCUGUCUAUUUUUCCCACCCUGAUAGUGAAAAGUAAACUUAUUUAUGUACAAGAUUAUUAUUGUCAAAUUAAUUUUGCAGUGCACUUUAUAACAUCAUAGGGGAGUUCUAAAAUGUUUUCUGAAUGGUGACUUUUAAAAAUUGCUACUUUAAAAAAUUUUCUUGUCUUGAAAGAAAGAGGUUGGGCUACACAAGUAUAUACAUGUACUCAGCAGGACACUUGAGAGUACUUUUAAUUUUUUCAUUUUAUUUUUAAACCAUUACUAUUUUGCCAGAGUUAAUAGACUAUGGACUUAACUGGAAGACAGAUUUAAUAAAAAUUUGCUGUAUUUA